CUACACCGGCCUUUUCGCCAUGACGCAAUGCUACGUACAGGAGGGGGUGGAGCUCCCGCCAAAUUUGAACGGCGCAUUCCGUUUGCGAUGGCAACGGGGGAUUAAUGAAAGUUUCCUCCCUCCGCUCGACCGUCGCCUGCGUUUUCGUGAGCGUAGCUGUCUCCGGGGAAGGAAGAGACGGCUGCCUCCAUGAUGGAUAAUUGUACUUUUCCAAGAUACAGUGCCAAUGACAUUGUAGUACAUAUUCGCAACUCUUUAUUAAGUGGAAAUGAAGCUAAACUUUUUUCAAAAAAUGAUUUAUUUCCAAAUGUGAAGCCUGAAAUAUUGCGUAUGAUUUUCAUGAGAGUUUUACAAAGUGUUUAUGGGAUCCGUGUGGAACAUUUUUACUCGAUGCCAAUGACAUUUGAAACAGCAUAUCCUCAGAUUUUUGAAGAAUUUCUACCCAUAGGAAAUCUAUUUGUUAAUAUGGCGCGAUUUCUCCCCAUCUGUCGUGUCAAUGACUUCCAGUUUGCAGACAUUGUACAUCCAAAAGGAAACAGGACAGCUCGGUUUUUGAGUGGUAUUCUUAAUUUUCUAUUCUUCUGUGACUCACGGCGCGAAAUCUACUUGGAAAUCCAAAGUGUACAUAAAACAGCGAUGGAGAAAGAGCAACAACUUCAGGUGGCAAUCCAGAAUGCAACACUGAAGCUGGAAAAGAUGGAUAUUGUUCCUGCAGACCAAGAAGUAGAGUUCAAGGAGCUGUCUCAAGAAAUUCAAGAACUACAGCAUAAACUUAACCAAGAAUAUCGGCAAAAAACAAAUGUUUUGCAAGAAAUGAUCCACCAAAAAAGAAUGGAAAUUGCAGAAAAAAAUCAGAAUUUAAAUGAUCUGAAAAUGGAAGCUUGUUAUCUAAAACAAGAACAAGAGCAACUGAAGUCCAGGAUUACAGAGUCUCCAGAGAAACUCACUAAUUGCAGGGAACGGAUGAAGCAGACACAGCAGAAGAUUAAAAAAGACAAGCAAGAAGUAAUCGAGAAGUAUGAAUCUUAUAGAGACUUGGUAGAGAUGUUUCCAUCGUGUCAACAGGAGGUUCAAUUUUACAGAAAGAAAAUGCAAACACAAGGAGCAAAUAUGGAUAAACUAUCAAAUAUAUUGGCCCAGAUCAGAACGUUAGAGGACCAGAUUGAGAAUAGCAAAAGUGGAUUCAAGAAUGCUAAGACGGAAGAAAUGUCAUUGAAGAGAAUAGUUACAGUUAAACAUGAAAAACUUGCUGCUGUUGAAAUCAAACUUAAAAACAUAUAUGAGAAUGCUGAGCUGCAGAAACAGGCGAUAACUGAAUGCUGCAAUAAAUUUCAAGAGAAGAGAGGAGCUGUCUGUGAAAAACUGACAGCAACAGACACAGAAAUCAUGCAACUCAAAGGUGCCAUUCAACAGCUCAGUGACAAUGUUGAGAAAGAGAAGGUGAAAGAGAAGGAGAUCUACCUCAGCUUGAGGAUUGGCUUGGAGAAAUAUCAUGAAAAUCUGGCCAAGACAGUGAACAGCUACAUAUCAUCCAGAGAAGACAAAAUUGCUCAGUUAACUGGACUUUUUUGAUAUUGUAAUUUUAAUUAUUUUACAUCAUUUUCUUGAGCUAAAAAUAUGGAGUAGCCUUUUAAGUGCAAGAACUGUAGAGCUUACAAAUUGUCAAAUGACUAUUUUCUGUUUUCCAUUAUGUUAAUAUUUUCUUAAAUUAAUAGAAUUAAGAGAUGUGAACUUGAAUUUGCUUUCAUUGGAUAAUAAUAGUACCUUACAAAUGGUCAUAUAUUUAUAAAUUUUCUUUAGUCAUAUAAUAAAGAUUUGUGAAUCUAAAAGUUUAUAAACCCUAA